AACCAUAGAAUAAUAGGUUUUUUGAGUGGAAAUCACACCACAGGGAACGACCAGGGAUGUAGAUAUAGAAAGAGUAGUGUUGUUUAGCUAAGUUAGUUGUAUGAUUGUACGUCGAAAGGUAAAAAACCUUGUUUUCUUCGGAAGGUGUAUGGGAUUUGUCACCAAAGUGAUACCGUGUGGAUGAAGAUACAAGAACGCUGGAGCAGCUGGAGCAUACUAUUCUUUGAGAGGACAGGCAGUUUGCAAAAAAAGGACACUCAAGUUCAAGAGAAAACGACUUGCAGAGAACAGUAUGGAUAUUCAGAAAUAUCAAGGACUUGUAAACUUGCCAUCGUGUCAUUCAAAACAGAACAGCUUUUAUGAGCUAAUGAAAAUUCACCACAAUUCUGCUAGCACUUCUCCUGUAACUUUGAAGCCUUUGUUCUGUUUUGGCUGUAAAGGGACAUUUUCUGACAGAUUUUCAUUGGAGGAACAUGCAUGCACAAAUGUCAGUUACAUCUGUACCUGUGGAAUGGUAUUUCAGCAGUACUUUGAGAUGAAAGGUCACCAGCUGGAGCAUGGAGAUGGAGAUCUAAGCCGCUUCCUGCAGAACUGGAAACCGACGAGACCGCAGGAGCCUGAAAAAGUACUGACGUUUGAUUCAUUUUUCCCAACCAAGGUAGCUGAUCUGCCUAGGCAUGUCAAUCCAAUGACAGAACAAGUGAAAACGAUCACAGCGAGUCCCACCCGUAAUGUGGGUUCCCUGGAGCCCAGUUGUCCCCGUGGAGCCACUGUGGAUCUUCGCCGACGCUUUCUGCCCGUGGUGCGCCUGUGGUCUCGUCAGACAUUUGAGACAGGAAAGAAGUUCAGGUGCGGAGCAUGCCGUCUGUCCUUCCACAGAAUGGAUCAGCUGAUAGAGCACCACCGAUUUCACACAAAGGAGGGGGUGUACGGGUGCCUCCGCUGUGGACUGCUCCUGGUCAGCCAGGUGUCCCAUCCCACGCACCAUCAGUGUGGCACUUACUUCGCAAAUCCCAAAACAAGGUACACUGUCGGGAAAGUUCUGCCAAGGAAGCUGGCAGAGCAAGAGGGGAAGACGUUUUUCCGCUGCCCGUGGUGUCCUGUUGCCUACCAGCUGGAAAUACAGCUGCGAAAGCACGAGAUGUUAUGCAGGUUUGGGAAAUAUGGGAUGGUGAAUGGGCUACGGGAAAAGAACAUGCUUCGCUGCAGCGUGUGUCAAGGCCACUUUAGCUCGGCUAAGAGAAUGCAGGAGCACCGUUGCUCAAACCGGCCUGGUUGGGUCCCCGGGCAGGUAAUUGGAAACAAGGUUCACAACCACACAGGGGUGCCUAAAGCAACAAGGGUGCAGGCAAAUCAGUAUUCAGUGCCCCAGAGGCAUCAAGAGGAAGAAGUAACUGUUAGGUUCCUCUCCUCUCGUAAUCUGAAAACGUACACACACCAGCCUCCGGACAAUGCUGGCAGCCAUAGGAUCAUUGGGGAAUCACUGAAACUAAAAGGUUUGGAAAUGGCACCCAUAUCCAAGCCAAUUAUUGUAGAAAAAGGUGACGUGGAUAUAGAUGAGGACUGUUAUGUGGUUGAAAGUGCUUCUACAAAAGCCAGUUACCCUCGACCAUGACCCACCCCCUGUUUUGCUACUGCCAGAGUAUUGAAACUAAGCACACAGACGGGCACAUGAGCAUGUCUCAUUGGUGGUCAUCAUUUGCCAACUAAUACAGAGGCAGACUAGCUUCUGAAUACUGGAAUGAUAGAUCUGCCCAGCCAUGGGUUAGGGCCCCAGCAGCAUUCAAGAACUGAGAUAUGGUUUAUAUGUCCUUGGGCCAUGCAACAUGUGUUAACAUCUAAUAAGACCUGUGCUACAUUAUUCAAAUGUACGUAGUAUGUACUUCUAUAGAUGUACCCCCUAGUGAACUAUAUAGGACCUUGCGCACUGAAAAACCUGUCCUGUUAUGUCUUUUCCCACUUUCUAUGCUGUAACGCUCCACCACUGGGGUUCCUAUACCUUUUAAUCCCAAGGCCUCCUCGAAUGACCACCAUGUGGCUGAGGACGCCCUCACUUCCAUGAAAUGGUUUUUUACCGCUUUGUCCAACUCCCACUGCAGGCUGCAGUUCAAGGGCUCAUUAACACACGAAUACAUGGACGCAUAUGUGAGUCAUGAUCAUACUGUAUAAUGGGUCCUUCUGAGACAGCUAUUUAAUGCAUUAUUAACAUUAAUAAUUGAACUCAGUGCACUCCGCAUCGAUGUGUGAACCAAGAAAAGUUUAUUUUAAUCUAAAACGUAAUUAUGUAUUAAAAUAACCUACGAAGAGAAAAUAGAUUUCUAUUUCUCUGAGGACUUCAUGGGGCUUCUUUGUAGACUUCAGUUUGCGAACCCCUGCUCUACAGUGUGAGCGCAAAUAGUUUUUAAAUGCAUUUUGGUAUUGUAUAUACGUACCUGCUGUUCUCAGGUAUUGUGUUGCAGAAUGUUCAAGUUACCAGUAAUAAAUAUUAUGUUAAAU